UUUCUUUAAUUAUUCCUUCCUCAAAGGAAGGUUGAUGAUGUAGAUGAACAUAAAAGAAUGGAAUAAUGUCAUGCCUUUGUGAGGCAAAAGUAAGGAAGAUGUUACUAGAAAAUGACAGAGAGGUGGGAAUUCAGUACGUUGUGGAUAUGUCUUCCAAAUUUCAGACCUUAUCUUCUUUCCUAGUAAUAUGGGAGAAGGCAACACAAAACUCGGACCCCAUCUUUUUUUUUUUAUCAUCAAUUUUAUCUUAUAAUAAAACGAUGAUAAUUAUUGAUUGAUGAUAAAGGGUUGGGUUUUUGGAUAAAGCAACAAAAAGGGGAAUUAUCUAACUUUUAUGCUACAUUUAAUUAUAAACUAAGCUUUCCACGCAUAUAUAAAUAGCUUUUCAAGCGCACAUACUACGGUUGCAAUAUAUAAUACCUUUCUUCUUCUUCUCCUUCAGAUUGAUUCCAAUGGGAGAAUUGCAAGAAACUCAGCGUCUUUAUGUUGAUGAAGCUCAGAGUGGUUGUUGCAGAACGAUCAUGGAAGAUUGUGAAGCUUCAAUGGAGUCUUCCAUGGAGUUUAGUUCUGCAAAUUCUGAAGCAUCUUCUUCUUUGGAGAUGGUGGAAGAUGCCCUUUCUACAGUUUCGGAUUCUUCAUUAUCAUCAUCUUCUUCUUCAAAUGGACCUCUUUUUGAGCUAUCAGAGCUUAUGGUUCAUCUUCCGAUGAAGAGAGGGCUGUCUAAAUAUUAUGACGGCAAAUCAGAAUCUUUCACAUCUCUAGCAAGUGUUGAAAGAUUAGAAGAUUUAGCGAAGAGGGUUUGUCCAAUUAGAAAAAAGUUCAAAUCUUGCAAGAGUGUUGGAGGAGGAUUUGAUGGCCAUAAAUCCAUUGUCCCAAGAGCUACCUUAGCCAAGAAAGCUUCAAGAUCAAGAGGGAAAAGUAGUCUGAUCUGUGGUUCUAGGUCUGUAGUUUCUGUGAAUUGGCACUGAUUAUUUGCUACCCUUAAAUGACUUGACUUGUAAAUUUUCAAGCUCAUUUCUCCCCUCUUUUUUGUUCUUU